AUGCCGAGCUCAUUUCGAUUUCAGAAUAAAGAAACUAUUCGUCCUCAUCAACUGAAAGAUGACGUAGCACUAGACGAAUAUGACAUACAAAAUGGAACUACGCUUCAUUCAGUAUUGAGGUUACGUGCCGGAAUGUUUCAUAGUACCAGUGGAAAAGCCGACUUUGAUUAUCUGUUGUAUACUAAUACAACUGUUAUUAUGAAAAAUAUCAUCAGAUUUAAUCUUCAUGAUGGCACAGGAGCACAUAGUGUUUUAACUGAUUUAUACUAUGGAAUUGAAAAUAUUGACAUAGAUAUGCUAUCUUUCGAUCUAAAGAAGGACAUAUUUCUACGGAUGAAUAAUCAAGAAGAAAGCAGUGACGAUAAUAGCCAUCUUAUUUCUCGUAUAUUCAUCGCCGGCUAUUACAUAGAUUUAACAAGUACAACGCCGUUCUGGUGCAAAUUUCGCGCGUAUCUCACCGGUGUCACCACCCUGAUAUCAUUCACUUAUACAUGUUUAGCAUCGAUCGAUCAAGUUUUCGUCACCUCACGCAAUGCAACUCUUCGUCGUUUCAGCAAUAUCAAAUUCACACGUCGAAUCAUGUUGAUAUUCGUCAUGAUCUGGUGUUUAUAUUGCAUUCCGCAUGUAUUCUUCUAUGACAUCUCACCAACGACACAAACAUGUACGAUUAUCAACACCUCAUAUGGUAUUUAUGCUCCAGUAUAUGUUCUAAGUUUAACUUGUACGAUUCCAAUUGGAAUCAUGACUAUUUGUGGUUAUUUAACAUAUCGAAAUAUUCGAUUGACGAGAGUACUGGUCAACCAACUGGCUGAUUAUCAAUUAGUACGAAUGACGUUGAUUCAAAUCGUGCUUAUCGUCAUUACAAUCGGUCCAUACGGUGUCAAUAAUGUUUAUAAUUUGCUAACAUCCUCGAUUGGUAAAGAUUCCGAUCGAUUGUUGAAAGAAUCAUUUGCGUCGUCGAUGUUUAGUUUGAUAGUUUACGCCAACUACGUCGGAAAUUUCUACAUGUUUUUAAUAUCAUCUCGUCGGUUUCGUCGACAGGUCAAAAAUCGAUUAUUGUUUUGGCUUCGACAAAGCCGAAUCCAUCCAGUUAUGAUAACGAGAAUUUGA